CAUCAAAUUUGUGACUGUAAAAUCAAAAUGUUAUGUUUUUUUUGGUUUCAUCCAUGUGCUUUGUACAGUACUCAGCGAGAUUCCAGUAGACAUAUUAUAUGACUGGUUAACUACCACAAGAAAACUUACUCCUCAAAACACAAUCAUCGAUCUAUGGGAGACCGGAAUACAGAUAACUAUCUACUGAUAAGGCUAACUUCAAUAUCGGACUUAUCAAAUUGGUCUCGGUGGUUGCACUUUUGUAUUAAUUUUUUUAAAUUAAUUUUUGAUAAUAAUAUAUUUCACUACCUACGUUAUAAAAAUGCAUAAGUGUAUUGUGUGCUUCAACACAUCUAAACACACUAAGGUCAAUCGUCCAGAAGUUAUAUAUCAUGGAAUUCCCAAGAAUGCAUACAUGAGAAGAAAAUGGCUUAAAGUUUUUGGAAUUGAUCGUUGUCAUGAUUGGCAACGUAUAUGCAGUGAUCAUUUUUUAAAAGAAAACUAUAGGCCAGGAAAAAAGCGAUUUUUAUUUUCAAAUGCUAUUCCCCAACCUUAUGAUCGAAAUGGUUUUCCUUCUAAUUAUGCUACUCAAAGUAAUGAUGUCGAAACUGGAAAUAAUGUAAUUUUACCAAUGGAACAAAAUAUUAUGAAAGAGGAACAUAUUGGAAAUACUGUUGAAAACCAUUUUAAAUCACCAAGGCAGUCAUCUAGACUUACUAGAAACAAUGAGGAUAUGAGUAAUACAAAUAUGCCGGACCAUACUUUAGUAUCUGGAUUACGAUGUUCUGUUAAAAAUUGCUCUAACAGGCAUUCAAUGAAUCUUAGUCUCUUUGGCUAUCCGAAGGAUUUGUCGUUGAGAAAAUUGUGGAUGGAAAAAUGCGGAUUAAAAAAAAAUCCUGCUGAAAUAGUAAUGAGUAGUACAAGAGUUUGUGGUACUCAUUUUGAACUUGAUUGUUUCAAGAAUACUGAAUUAAAGAACAGAUUAAAACCAGGCUCUGUUCCAUCAUUAUUUUUAGAUAAUGGAUCUUAUAAUUUGCCAGUGCCAAUUAAUGAGGAGCCUAUAUUGAGUACUUCUGAAGAUCAAUUCAUAAGUGCAGUAGACAAUAAAGCUGCUGAACAGUCAUCGGAAGAAAAAAAAAAAAAUUUAGAAGAUGACACAGAUAAUACUUCCAUGACAAUUGAUCUUACAAAUGAUGAUUCAUCUAAUAGUUCGUUGUCCAUCACUUUGGAACCAAUUGAGGAUAGAACCUCACAAUGUAUUAAAAUGAAUGUUUGCAAUACUGAGUAUUUUACAAGCGAUAAACACAGGCUUAUUUUUGAAAUGUCUAAGGAAGUUGUACUUCCUAGUUUAUAUUGGAAGAGUGAACAUCUUAAUAUACAAAAUGCAACAAGGUUUUUUCAACGAGACGCUAAUGAUGUAACUGUGAAGAAAGUUAAUUUUUAUAACAACCUUGUGCCAACAAUACAAAUAUAUGGCAAGAAAUACGAAUAUAAUACACCUAUUAAAACAAAGGAAGAGUUGGAAAAUUUUUUAGAAAAAAUCGAUAGUAUUGAAAAAUGUUAUGGUAGAGGUGGAUUUGUCUUUGAACAAUGUAUAGGGUAUUUUGAAAAUAGUUUAGAUAAUAUGUGUACUGGCUGUCGAGGUUUGGUAAAAGAUGAAGAUUUGCAAAGAAUGAAAGCAAAACUUGAGGCUAAAAACAAAAAAUUGGAAAGUUUUAAAAACAGAAUUGCUGAAAAGAAAGAAACGGUAUUAAAACUAAGAAGAAAAAUGGCAGAAAUUAAAAGAAAUCGUCAACUUCAACUAGCUUUAAAACCAUCUGAAAUUUCAAAUAUUACGAAGCCAUAAAUAUUAUGUUGUAUUUGCCAAUUUCAAUUAUAUUUAUGGAUUAUACAUAAUAGAUUUGAAUUUGUAAAAUCAGUAAAUCUGCAGUAUGGCUUUAUUAAAAAAAAUUAUUGUAUUUUAGGCAUUGUAAAAAAUAAUUAUUAGAUAAUAUACAUUAUAUUAUAUUCUUAUAUUUUUAUGCUGUACAUUUUGCCCAAUCUCUGGGUACACUUU